CCGCAUUGCUAAGAAGUAAGAUCGACAUAUAGCUUUGCAGUGUUCCACUUGUAACAGGGUGGUUGUGUUUUGUAUCAGUCGAUGUUGACUUGUCGGAUGAUACCUUGCCAGAUGGAUGCUGAUUUACUGGCUGUUUGGAUGGGGAUGAGCAUCCUCCUGAUUCAUGCUCAACGGGUGGCUGCGCAAGAUGGCAGUUGUUCGAACUUCCACCUGCCAGAGAAUGCCACCAUUACAGAACAAGACCCGAAAGGUACAGAGGUGUUGAAUGUCAGCUACUGUGGCGUCCUACAGUGGUCAAUGGAUGGGUGUGAACCCUUUUUCAUGGCCGGAUACUUUAGUUGGACUAAAACCAGCGACGGUUACAAACUGGUUUUGAAUAAGACAGUUGACCUGGAGGUCAUCAAAGCCAAACAUAACCAGGAUUUGCAAUAUAUAAGGCUAACGUUUGGCAACAAGUUGCAGGGACAAACAGCAAAAUAUGUGGACGUUGACAUCAUUCCUGUUAAUGAAUUUUCACCCGAUUUUUUGAAAACACCUUAUACAAUUGACGUUCCAGAGAACACAGACGUAAACACAACUAUAUUCAGCCUCCAUCUGAUGUACCGGGAUCGUGACGUCAUGGACAACAUCACUAAGAUUGGCAUAAUACCUGCCAAAAUACCCGAGUUUGACGGGUCUGCCUUCUUCCAUAUCGAGGGGGAAGAGGUUAUUGUGACAACAAAACUGGACUUCGAAACACUGAAACUAGAGUCGCAAACAUUCUUCAACCUUGGCCUUGUCUUAUAUGACACGGGGCUGAAGACUGGCACGACGGAGUUGACCAUCAGGAUGACUGACGUGGACGAACCCCCGGUGUUUGUCAGGCCGGACUGUCACAGAACCACCUCCUCCAGCUACCCCUGGGUGUACCCUGGGUGUCCCGCGCACGCCUAUAGCACAUACCUACAGCCUAACGGUGAAGUAACGUCAACGGCAUCAAUCUACGCAAUUGAUCGCGACAUCGCCGAUAACGCCAUAGAGUAUUCCCUUGAUAAUGAAACUUUGGAGGUGUUUGAGAAUUCAUCCUGUACCCUCAAAAUAAAUAAUUCAUCAGGGGAGAUAACUGCUGAAUGUCAUGAUUCGAACUCCACAACCGACUCUCAACUUUUCAAGUUUUAUCAGGAAUAUGAAGAUAUGGAUUUUAACAUCUCAAUUACGGCAACCGAGGUAUCAGAUAACCGCCUGAACACGUCUAUUACGACAAUUCUUCACUUCGGUAUACCGCCUACAGUUACGACACCAUCAUCAACAAUGACACCUACAGCAUCAUCACCUGUUACCAUGACAACCGGGAAUAUGUCUCAAACGCCGUCUCCGGGUAAUUCUGAAAGCGAAGACAUGGAACGCUUGCUAAUCAUCAUCAUUCCGUCGGCCGUCGGGGGUGUGUUGCUUGUCAUUGUUAUUAUCGUUGUUGCAUGCAAACUCAGCAGGGCGUGCGGGUCUAAGAAUGAAAGUGAGUACCAUUUUAAAGUGAGCGAAAAAAAGAGGCAAGAAUUUUACGUUGCGUAUGAGGAAUCGGGGAAAGGGGAAAUGACUGCAGUGGAAGUGGAUACAACAACAAAACAAGUUGUCGAUGUCUACGAUAUCAUUUCAACGCUUGACAAGGGGGACGGCGCCAGCUCAAAAGAGUGACUUUUCCAGGUUAGGUCGUUUAUUCAGUAAUUACAUUUUCAUCCAAUGUCAUUUUAAAAAAGUGUGACUAGAUCCAUUUUGUCUGUCAUUUAUUUCUGUAAAUUGAUCAGGAACGGGUCAUGCAGUUUUUAGGUAAGUGAGCUGAAGAGUGAAUGUUAUUUUACGCCGCAGUAAUAUUCCACCUAUAUCCCGACCUGUAUGUACUCGAGUUUGGGUCGGGCGGUCGGGUAGCCUAGUGGUUAAAGCGUUAGCUCGUCACGCCGAAGACCCGGGUUCGAUUCCCGACAUGGGUACAAUGUGUGAAACCCAUUUCUGGUGUCCCCCGCCGUGAUAUUGCUGGAAUAUUGCUAAAAGCGGCGUGAAACCUCACUCACUCGAGUUUGGGUCGGCCUCACAAAGCUUGAACAAUGACCCAUCAGUGCACUAUGACACGCAACCCAAGUCACAGACCCUCAACACCCGAUCCUCUUUAAUCAUCCGUCGGCUCAAUCUCAUUAACAUGAUAUAUUUUACUCCGAUACGAUACCCGUCCGCGUAGUAUCGGAGUAACGACGAAUCUGAUUUUAAUGAGAUUCGUGUCGGCUCUCACGACAAGAGGGGUUACAUAGACUAACAUGUAGUCUCUGAAAUCUUAUAUUACACAAUAUCCUUCUUGACUCUAAAAAUAAAAAAAAAUCCCUAUGCUGAUUUCAGAAUGUGGAAUAGAGCUAGCUUGAGCUGGCUAGACUUGCUUUUGUAUGAAUUUCUAGAUUAUUAUUUUUUCAUAAAAUAAAUAUAUUCCACGGUCAUGGUGCAGGACUAGGGGUUACAUUGUGGACCUUAUUCUGACCCGGAAUGCCCUGUCGCACACGGUAGUUAAAACUGUCUUUACAUAAUUAAAUAGGGAUUAACAACUCAUGCAUUUUAGGACAAUGGAUCGCGGGUAUUUUUGCUUCCAAUAAUACAUAAUAACAGACUCCCUUAUCAGCAUAUUUUUUUGUUUAAAAACAACGGGGCGACAUGUAGUUUUGGUACAUUCCGUGAGGAAUUUUCAGACCAGACAGUUACAAGUGCUACUGAUGAAAUCAACUGAUCACAGACACGAUAGCUACAGUUCAUCCUCGCCAUGCUUUAUGUGUGAAUGAAAUGUGUAUGCGUACGGAACCGUGGUCGAAGUCACAAGAGGGUUUUUUAGUUCAUUACACGUUGUUUUUAUCAUGUACAUUGUAAGUGAGUUUUUUAUAUGUUUUAUGUUCAGAUUAUAUAUUUCAAAGUUGAUCUAUGCUUGUAGUGUUAGGUAUUU